CUCUUUUGUUGUUAAUUAAUCCUGUUGCACCAUUUCCAAUCCUAAUUCCUGAGUAGGCAAUUAAUAAGAAAAAGGAUAUUGCAAAACACCGACCUUGCAUCGCGACAGCCAAUUCAGAUCUUCAAGAAAUACUCACACCCACUGACACUCCACCACACUGCGUGUAUGUUUAGUGUAAAGAUGAGAUCUUGAAGCAUCUGCGCUACAUUUGAGUGUGAAUUCAGCACAUGGGCCUCUUCAAUCUCGCGUCUUCCAAGAACCGCCACGGGCGCCAAUGGCGGCUGCUCGAUGCCAUCGUUGCCGCCUUCUUUGCCGCGCUUCUGCUCUUCUUCUUCCUCGUCUUCUCUCCGCUGGGCGACUCGCUCGCGGCCUCGGGGCGCCAGACGCUGCUGCGCUCGGAUCCGCGCCACCGCGGCCGGCUGGUGGCGCUGGUGGAGCACGGCCGCCAGGCGGUGGCGAUCGAUGCUUGCCCCGCCGAUAUGGUGGAUCACAUGCCGUGUGAGGAUCCCAGGAUCAACAGCCAGCUCAGCAGGGAUAUGAAUUUCUACAGGGAGCGGCAUUGCCCUCGCCCUGAGGAGACGCCGCUCUGUUUGAUCCCGCCGCCGGAUGGCUACAAGGUUCCUGUGCAGUGGCCGGAGAGUUUGCAUAAGAUAUGGCAUGAUAACAUGCCUUACAAUAAAAUAGCAGAUAGGAAAGGCCACCAGGGAUGGAUGAAGAGGGAAGGUCCGUAUUUCAUAUUUCCUGGUGGUGGUACGAUGUUUCCUGAUGGAGCUGAACAAUAUAUCGAAAAGCUGAAACAGUAUAUUCCUAUAGCUGGGGGAACUCUGAGAACAGCUCUCGAUAUGGGGUGUGGGGUUGCUAGUUUUGGCGGAUACAUGCUUUCUGAAGGCAUGUUACCUCUUUCCUUUGCCCCGAGAGAUUCACAUAAAGCACAGAUACAGUUCGCGUUGGAGAGAGGAGUGCCAACUUUUGUUGCCAUGCUUGGCACACGUAGACUUCCAUUUUCUGGGUUUUCUUUUGAUUUGGUCCACUGUUCUCGAUGUUUGAUACCUUUCACUGCAUAUAAUGCUACAUAUUUUCUUGAAGUUGAUCGGUUACUUCGACCAGGAGGCUACCUAGUAAUAUCUGGACCCCCUGUUCAGUGGGCCAAACAAGAUAAGGAAUGGGCCGAGCUGCAAGAAGUUGCCAGAUCUUUGUGUUAUGAGCUGAAAGUUGUAGAUGGGAACACUGCCAUCUGGAAAAAACCGAUUGGGGAUUCGUGUCAUCCCAACCUGAAUAUAUUUGGGCUCAACUUGUGUGAUGAAUCUGAUGACCCAAGUUUUUCGUGGUACACCAAGUUGAAGAAAUGUAUUAGCAGGACUUCUUCUGUUAAGGGAGAAUACGCGGUUGGAGCAAUUCCAAAAUGGCCGGAGAGACUGACAACAGCUCCUUCGAGGGCUAGUGUCAUGAAAAAUGGAAUGGAUGUGUUUGAGGCCGACAAGCGUAGAUGGGCAAGAAGGGUUGCUUACUACAAAAAUUCCUUAAACAUAAAACUGGGAACUCCAUCAAUACGAAAUGUCAUGGAUAUGAAUGCAUUCUUUGGAGGCUUUGCAGCAGCCAUAAUAUCUGAUCCUGUUUGGGUAAUGAAUGUUGUCCCCGCUCGCAAGCCUUCAACCCUUGAUGUCAUUUAUGAUCGAGGACUUAUAGGAGUUUUCCAUGAUUGGUGUGAGCCCUUCUCAACGUAUCCUCGUACUUAUGAUUUGAUUCAUGUUGAUGAUAUCGAGAAUCUUGUUAAAGAUCCCAAUUCCGGAAAGACCAGGUGUAACCUUGUAGAUCUUAUGGUGGAAAUCGACAGAAUACUGCGCCCUGAAGGCACAGUUAUCAUUAGAGAUUCACCCGAAGUGAUUGACAAAAUGGAGCGAAUUUCUCGUGCCAUGAGAUGGAGGGUCUCCGUACAUGACAAAGAACCCGACUCACAUCAGAGGGAGAAAGUAUUGGUAGCAACAAAGAAAUUGUGGAAGCGUGCUGGUCCAUUGUAAGGUAGGUACUCUUGUGUAGCUUUGGUUUCAAAUUUUUGAUACAGCGACGGUUCUUGGCAAUGAAUCGUGUAGCGCUCUCGCAUAUAUUUCACUUGCACCUAUAGCACGACGUUGAAUGUAAAAAAAUGAAAAUCUAUGAUGACCCUUUUACAUUAGGAAGUCUGUAAAAUUGUUGGAAGUUCAAAUUUAUUAUGUCUCAUUCCAUUA